GGAAGUGAAGUUUCUCCAGUGGUGCUGCUGGGCUGUGCCUCUGCAGCUGAGGUCCACGGGAAUAAAGAAGUGUUCUCCUGCCGAGGCAUCCUGCUGGCUGUGCAGUGGUUCUGGGACAGGGGACACAAGGAUAUUACAGUCUUUGUGCCGUCCUGGAGGAAGGAGCAGCCGCGACCAGAUGUGCUCAUAACAGACCAGCACAUCCUCCGUGACCUGGAGAAGAAGAAGAUCCUGGUGUUCACGCCCUCGCGCCGUGUCGGGGGCAAGCGCGUGGUGUGCUACGACGACAGGUUCAUCGUCAAGCUGGCCCACGAGUCCGACGGCGUCGUGGUGUCCAACGACACCUACCGAGACCUGCAGAACGAGCGUCCCGAGUGGAAGAAGUUCAUCGAGGAGCGUCUGCUGAUGUACUCCUUCGUCAAUGACAAGUUUAUGCCUCCGGAUGAUCCCUUAGGGCGUCACGGCCCCAGCCUAGACAACUUCCUCAGGAAGAAACCUGUGGUGCCAGAACACAAGAAACAGCAGUGCCCUUACGGGAAGAAAUGCACUUACGGAAUUAAGUGUAAGUUCUACCACCCUGAGAGGAUCAACCAGCCCCAGCGCUCGUUAGCCGAUGAGCUCCGCGCCAACGCGAGGCUGUCUCUGACGAGAAGAACCAGUGCCAAGGAGGAGCAGAAGGGCAAAAGAGGCUCCCAGGCAGAGCUCCUGUGCUCUGUGCCCACGGAGAGCGAGAAAAGCUCUUUGCAGAAGGUGUCUGCAGAGAGGAAGAGCUUGGCCCACAAAGCCAAGGCCGGCGACACUCCCGUUCAGAGCAAAGGCCUCGUCUCAGGCAGCGUUCCCGCGGGCGGUGGCAGCCACAGGCCCUCGGACAGGUACCAGCAGCCUCACAUGGACUCGCUGUCGUACGUCUCUCAGGAGCACCUGGACUCAGGCAUUGGGUCUCUGGAGAACCAGCUGUCUGACAUGUGGCCUCACAGGUGUGCCGGUCACUGUGACCAUCCCCACGACAAGCAGGUGUCUGCGUGCCCCUGCGGC